CAGCAACUUAGCGCCCUCUUCUCUUGCCGCUGCUUCCGGUUCCGGUGGCGGCACGCGCUGUUCUGCUGGGCGCUGGGGCCAUGGCGGGGAGCCGGUUGGAGAGGGUGGGCAGCGUCUUCACCCGAACUCGGGACCUGCUGCGGGCCGGAGUACUGAAGGAGAAGCCGCUGUGGUUCGACAUCUACCAGGCCUUCCCUCCGCUGAGGGAGCCUGUCUUCCGGAUGCACAGGUUGCGCUAUGGCAAAGCCAAGUCUCCCAUCCAGGACAUCCUUUACCACGAGGAUCGGAUCCGAGCGAAGUUUUUUUCUGCCUAUGGAUCUGGUCAAAAAGCUUUUGAUCUGUUCAACCCAAACUUCAAAUCUACUUGUCAACGGUUUGUGGAGAAGUACACUGAACUGCAGAAUCUUGGAGAAACAGACGAAGAGAAGUUGUUUGUGGAAACAGGGAAGGCUUUAUUAGCAGAAGGUAUCAUUUUAAGACGAAUAGGAGAAGCAAAGAGUGUGAAUGUCACACCCCAAUCUACACUGGAAGAAAACCAGCCUCAGAAGGAAGUUGCCCAGGACCAGCACUUGGAGGCACCAGAAGAGCCGUCGAAAGGCCUCUCCCCUCCCUGAAGUGUGUACUGUGCUUGCUGGACCAGUGCUGAGCUAUUUUUAACAGUUGAACUAUGCAAAUGUUUCUCCGUCUCCAAGGCCUUAUGUUUGCCUUCUCUUGGUCCUAUUUCUGGGUUGUCAUAAAACUCAGUAUCGUGAUUUGAAAAGCAGCAGUUUUGUGAACUUUUAUUUCAAGACAUUACUAAAUAAAGGAUUCCCUUGUUGCUUAUAAAGUAAAUUUACUUUGAAACUAAAUAACACAAGGAAACCUUUCUGCAGAUCAUUUGAGCGGGACUCUGGUGUUUGUGCUGGCAUGUGAGCCGUCCGCGUCUGGUCCUCUGUGGUGUAUCUCCUCUCUGCAUCCCUCAGAACUUCCCCUGCACACAUGAUGUGGUCCCUUGGCCAAUGGUUUCUAUCUGCAGACACUGUUUGCACUUUUUGCUAUAGAAUUAUUACUGCAACUUGAGAGACUGAGCCGAUUUGUGCUUUGUGGUAAGGGUGAGGGAGGACUUGUCACUGAUGAUGGACGUGGGCCUGCAGCUAGCAGUGUUCAGUAAUGCUUGAGUGAAUGAGCAAGUGUACCCAGCCACAGACUCGUGGCUUCUAUGCUGGUCACUGAAUUGCCAAGUGGCAGGGUUGUGGCAGCUGAUGAGGUGGUAUACUACAUGCCUAUCUUGUCUCUCUGGUACAGUGAUGUGCCUAAAGUCCUUACCAGAUGUCUCACCUGCCUUGCUUUCCUGUUUUAUUAAAUAAAUGAAAUAUUCCUCUGUGA